GCUUACAAGCACGUGACGACACUUGCUCAUCCAUCAAUUAUUGCAGCGGUGCCCUGUAACCUACGAGCCGUUCAACUACAUCUUUCAUUUUCUUAAAUCUGAUCAGUCUUUGCAAUUUUCCUUCCAUUAACAUAUAAUCUGACACCAGUUUGUGGGGAAUUUACGUGAGGCAAGUUGACGCAACACGUCAAUCAUUUAUUCCAUGACAUCCACGGCCACAUUUCAAUACCAACCCUUACCGGAGAGAUCAAUCCGAAUAAUAAAGCUAUUACCAGCACGUCGCCCUCGGGAUCCAUUAAAAUGUAAUAUCGAGGCCAUCUCCCUAGAUCGGUCAAAGGCACGGCCAUAUGAGGCUCUCUCAUAUGUAUGGGGCGAACCCGCUCGGCAAUGGCCCCUGGACUGCGGGGGCGAAAAGCUGUUAGUCACCAAGAACUGCCAUGAGGCAAUGGUAAAUUUGCGACAUACUUUUACGCCAAGGGUGUUGUGGAUAGACGCCAUCUGCAUCAACCAGGGGAGUGACAAUGAGGCGGUUCAGGAGCGGAAUGGCCAAGUGAAGAUGAUGGGGGAGAUUUAUCUCAGAGCGAAACGGGUCCUAAUUUGGUUGGGGCCGGGAGACGCGUCAACUGCGCUUCUCUUUCGCUACCUCCCAGUCUUUAAUUCCUUAGAUAGGAUCCAGGAUGAAUAUCCAGGGCUUGAAAGUGUCACUUAUACUCUAAUUGCCCAACACUUUGAUAUACGUUACGGAUUUCUGGUUAGGCGCAAGUACAUGCAAUUAUUGGAGUCCAUGACCACUAUACUCAAGAAUCCAUGGUUCGAAAGGGUCUGGACGAUACAGGAAGUUGCUUUUGGGCGAAAGUGCGUGAUUAUAUGUGGCAAGUCAAGUGUAGAUUGGGAGUCGUUUUGUGGAGCAUACAUGGCAGAGCCUAGGCUGCGAGGGCCAACCGGUUCAUUAGGGAACCUAAUUCCUCCUCGCUGGAAGCUGUACUUGUCGCUGCGCGGUUCGAGUCUCCAAGCUAUCCCGCAAACCCGUUUCGAAGGAGAUGGCCAGGUUAAAUUCGAGCUCGAGCUCCUGUCCGAAAUCCGGAACAUGAAGGCAACCGUCGCGCACGAUAAGGUGUAUUCUCUAUAUUCAGUAUUCCAGGCCAUGGGCAUCCACUUGCCGAGCCCUGACUAUGGGAAGGACGUAACGCAAGUUUUUGAAGAAGCAACUCUGGCUUAUAUUAGAAGCCGUCAAAAUUUAAACAUUAUUGCAAUCACACUACCUCCGGACGUCAGCUCAGGAUUCCCUUCCUGGGUCCCCGACUGGUUGACACUGGGCCGUAAUGGCUCUGCGUUGAUUUGGAAAAUAGCAGACUUUAAUGCACAGUAUCUUUCCACCACUCCUAUACUCACGGAUGGUACGCGAGAUGGCAGAUUAGGGGUAAUAGGGACGGUUAUCGGGAAGAUAAUCAGGAAAUUCCAUUGUCCUCUUAUUUUAGACCAAGGGCGUAGUCGAAGUCAAGCCUACCAGGAGGUUAUUUCGACAUGUCUCGACUGGCUUCGUUCAAUCAACAGUCUUGCCAAAUAUUCAUCGGGUGAAGACAUAAGCCUCGUAAGACAGACACUCCUUCGCCCCUAUCACGCCAACGUGCCCAGCAGCAAAUUGGGCGCUCUUUACCAUUGGUGUUUGCGUGGUAACGUCACGUCUCCUCCAGCGGAUGAAACUCUUCUUGAGGAUAUCAUGGAGAAGCGCAGGAUCCGGGGGAACUGGGUCAUGUUCACCCUUGACACAGGUUACUGCGGUACGGCACACCAGAGUUGUCAAACAGGGGAUGUUCUUGCUCUUCUAAGAUCCCUCAAUCCACUCGUACUUCGGCCGCAGUCGAAUUCUAACGAGUUCAGAAUUGUGGCACCGGCUUAUUGCGAAGGUGCGAUGAACGGCGCUACCAGUCCGACUACAGAUGAGCUAGAGAUGAUACUUGUCUAAAGAAUAAUACCCUGACUAUUUCACUUAAUGAGAGUUGGUGAAGUCAAUGAUUGGUGUGCCUUAUUGAUGGGCUAAGUGUAUAGUAACAGCUUGAGGUUUGUCACCUAUGUCAACCUGCGGAUGAUGUUGAUCUUCCUUUCAAGUGGGCAUUUUUUCUAACGCAUAUUAAACCAAUCAUAUCAUUUACAUUCGGUUAGUACUGCUCAGGAACUGCUAGCUAUUUAUUUGAUGGAUUCCGAAUUUACAGUAACCAUCGUGUAACCGUAAAGAUCCUUUUACUCUUGAGUGUCAGAUAAGCAGCCCUGAAAUAGAGUACGUGAAAGCACAGAGGUUCAACUACGAUGUCCGGCAAUCAGCAGUGUACCUUGGCCUUGGUUAGGCGAGCAAUGACAUAGGCAAUAUAUAAUAUGCCUCUGGUCUUAGCCGUAGAAUAAUGGGGAUCGCGAAC